AUGUGCUCUGCAGCUUCCACUCCUAUGAGUUCAUCAAUCAAGAUGGAUAAGGAUGAAUACGGUCAAGGAGUGGACAUCACAACCUAUCGUGGAAUAAUCGGAUCACUUCUAUACCUAAGAGCUAGCCGAUUAGACAUUCUGUUUAUAGUCGGAGUAUGUGGGAGAUUUCAGAAAGAAGCAAACUUCAGUUGCAACUUCAACAACGGAAGCGAAACAUCAUGCCCCGACAACAGUUGUGCUCAACUUCUAUGGAUUCCACAACAACUAAGGGACUUUGGUAUUACGGCUGAGGAAUCUCAAAUCUUCUGUGAAAACACUAGUGAAAUAGCUAGAACAUAUAAUCCGGUGUUACACUCAAGAACCAAGAACAUUGACAUUAGGCAUCACUUCAUCCGGGAGUAUGUACAAUAG